AAAUUAGGUUUUAAUUAGAAACAAGUGAAGACGUCAAAUAUGAUGUAUACUGGCUAUUAAGCAUCAUGCACCUGAUGUAAUACGUGGCGGACGCUUCCUUUACAGGAUUUUAAGUCAUUGCCUUGUCAUUGUUUGAGUUAAGAUUGAAGAAUCUAUCACUUCCAGUUUUAGGAAAACCAAAUUAGUUACUUGAUUCAUUGUCAGGUGGAUAAAUUAACAUCAGACGCCCUGAUAUAGCUUGCUUCAUAUAUAUACAUAUAUACAUAUAUAUAUAUAUAUAUAUAUAUAUAUACACAUAUAUGUGAACAGAUCCGUUUUCUUCCAGGCUGAAAUGUUUUAAUUGGACUGUGAAUUAGGAUAAAGCUUUUAAAAUUACCGAAACAAAAUUCUGUUUCCAUUUUUUUAAGUAACACCUCACGCCCCCAAACAGUAGCUGAAUUCGGCCUCCUUUAUCUGUUCCUCUGGAACCACUGGUUUUCCUGAUAGCUGAGGUCUACUCUUUAUCGCAGAAACAAAAGUUACGGGCGACUUCCCCAAACGGACGGCCCGGGUCGUAAUCUGGAUAUAUUUGGUGCUCCGUUUGUGCUAAAAUUGGGGCCAUGUGUGCCUGGAUGAAACUUCAGAUCCACAAUCGCAAACCUACAGUUCUGCAAUAAGUCAUGUUCGGUGCAAAAACACUUAUAUCCAGUUCAGUGCAAGGGAGAGAGAGAAAAAAAAAAAGAACUUUGCGGACAAAUCAUUUCUGAUUGUUCUGCAACGUUGCCAUAGGGAAUGUGGGCCGUGAUUAAAAACAAGCAAAGAUUGAAGCUCUGUUGCCAAACAAUGGGUCAGAGCUGGUCACAAAGGUUUCCUCCAGCGCAGCAACAUUCAUAUACUGAGCUGAUGAUUCAGCAAGCUGACUGACUCUGUAGGUUUGUCGGCCUGCCAGGUAAAGAGAAGGUGAACAAAAUAGGGAUAGAGUUCUCUAAAUAUGAGCAAAGUUGUGUGGAAAAAGAACAAAACUGCACAAUGUCGAGAGUGCUAUUUGGGGAAAUAAAGUUUGGGAGCUGUUCUACAGACCUGAGAAUAAAAGGAAAACGUGCAGUAACAAAAAGUGUGGCCGUUGAACAUCUGUGCGGUCAUGUGCUCUCGUAACUUCCUUUAAUCAUCGGUGGUGUUGUUGAGUGCUUCCCUUUGUGAAAAUACACUCCCGCAGCCACGUUCGUUAGAUCUUCUACGACGCCGCUGAUGAGACCUUGCACUCACCGGCGUGAGUCAUUCAGAGACAGCUUUAAAAAUGGACACUUUUGUCCCGUAGGCUCUUGUGGCGGAGGAGAUAAGAGACGGCGCGAAGGCCUUUGAACCGCGGAGCUUCAAUGACAACUUCAGCUGACCUUUUAUUUGCCUCUCUGCAUCCAAAGCUGCCAAUUCAUCUCCCCUUCCCUAGCAACCUACCAGUCAUCUCCAAAUUCACGCUCUCGUCUUUGAGCCCCUACGUGUGAUGUUGCGCCCUAAUCACGCUGGUCUGAUGUCCCAGAUUUUUUUGUUGUCCCUGCAUCCCGACCUGUCGCUGCACCCUCCCACUCCCCGUCCAUUUGCAUGGCAACCCUUUAGCGGGCCAGCUGCUGCUGCCCUUUUCUUUCUUCAUGUUGAAUUCUAAUCAUUACUUUCAAAGGAAAGCGUCUCUAAAGCUCCUUUAUCGAGCGUUCGCACUGGGAGGAGGCAGGCCGCCGUUCAACACCCACUCAGUCUGCUCCUCUUCUUCUUCUCCUCCUUCUUCUUCUUCUUCUUCACACUUUAGUUCUGCAAAUCAGGAGCACUUUCUGUAACCUGCUGCUUCAAGUUUGGACAAAAAUUACACAUGCGAGAGGAAGCGCCCCGGUGAUGUCAUGAGGUUGAUUCUGGUCAAACCCACCAAUGCGACGCGACGCCUUGACUCAACUGGGGAAGUCUUCAGCGAUGGGGAUCACAAACAUUGCGUCUCAGGAGGUCCGUCCUCUUUGACCAAAGCCCCCGAAGGGAACCAUGAUCUGUACUCUGGAGCCUCUGGAGCUGAAACAUCCUCAUUCCCACAGGAGAAGAGUCUGUGCUGCGUUUCAUCUUCACCGCACCAAAGAUCCAACGGGAUCCCUCCUCCGAGAGGUUCGGCCCAGAUGUCUCCACUGAAAUCCAGAAACCUAACCUUAUCACAGCUGAGCGACGAGGACUGGCUGCUGCUUUGUGGCCAGGUCAGCGGCGUAGAAGAGGAUUCAGCUUUAGAAGGAAGGGCAGGGUUCAGUGUGGAACAUCCAAGCCACAAAGACAGAUGUAGCUGUCCCUGUCCUGAUGCCCACCAGCAUUCAGAGGCCUCUAGUUUUGAACCACAGUCGGAACAGGGAACGGUCCCGGACUGCCUGUCCAGAGCUAGAAACAAGAGAAGCCUCUCAUCUUCACAACACACUUUCUCAAAAAACACCACAAUACCAACUACUUGCCAGGUUUUACCAAGGCUAACAAACCAAAGAGAUCCGUUGAAACCUGUAACAAACCAUCCAAAGGAUAAUUUUAUGCCUCAGUGCACUGACCAAGAAGGUCGAGCCGAACCGCACUGCAAUCAUCUGAAACUCAAAGACAGCGGUCAAGCAGCAUGUCCAAAUCUGUUCAACAUUCCUCUGAGCUCCGUCGAGUGUGCCAAGGCAAAUCAGAAACUUCAUAAAGAGCCUCAGCCCGCUGCCGGAGCCGACGCCAACUGGCGGGAGCUGUUUGGUAAAGAGCCUCUUUUAGUUCAACAAUGUGCAAAGCAAGACUCCCACUGCUCGAUAGCAGGCGAUCAGACCGGCAAGUCGGCUGGAGACGCGUCCAUUGUCCUCAAGUGCCACCAUCUCACUUACAACCCCCUGACCAGCGCUCCGUGGGUGAAGAGGUCAUCAGCACCUGUCAGUAACAAGAGUCCUAACUCUUCCUCCAUCAGCCAGUACAGUUCACUUGAGAACCAGGAGUUAGUAAAGGAGAGAACCAGACAGCGACAAAGUCAGACAAACUCUCAGCACCUCAGUGGAUCAAAGCUCUCCCUUUCCAAACACACUCCUCCACUUCCUGACGCCGUAGAGACCGACAUAGCUAACGGGGAUGCACUGAGGCCUCUGGGCAGCCACGGCACCUUGAGAUCUAGUCUCUCGGACCUCAACUCAAGCCAGCAGCCUCUUCAGCUUCUUCACAGCGCAAUCCUCGAGGACGCCUUCUCCAAAGUCAUCAGAGAAGACUCCAGUAAGACCAACAGCGAAAACCUGACCAGGGAGGAAGGUAGCGUGCCCCAGAAGAAGACCAAGGACAUCAGCUACCGGCUGGGCCAGAGAAGAGCUCUCUUUGGGAAGCGCAAACAGCUGAGCGACUAUGCUUUGGUCUGUGGGAUGUUUGGCAUUAUUGUCAUGGUCAUCGAAACUGAGCUGUCGAGGGGAUUUUACAGCAAGGACUCCAUGUAUUCAUACGUACUGAAAGGCCUCAUCAGCCUCUCUACUGCUAUUCUUCUUGGACUCAUCGUGAUGUACCACGCAAGGGAGAUCCAGCUCUUCUUGGUGGACAACUGUGCUGACGACUGGAGGAUAGCCAUGACCCUUGAACGGAUCCUCUUCAUCAUGUUGGAGCUCCUCGUCUGCGCCAUCCACCCAAUCCCGGGCCAGCACGUCUUCACCUGGACCGCCCGGCUGGCCUUCAGCUACACAGCCUCGGUGGCCGACGCCGACGCCGACAUCAUCCUCUCUGUGCCCAUGUUCCUGCGCCUCUACCUGAUCGGGAGGGUCAUGCUGCUCCACAGCAAACUGUUCACGGACGCCUCCUCUCGCAGCAUCGGGGCGCUCAACAAGAUCAACUUUGACACCCGUUUCGUCAUGAAGACCCUGAUGACCAUCUGCCCCGGCACGGUCCUGCUGGUCUUCAGUGUGUCCUGUUGGAUCAUCGCAGCGUGGACUGUACGCGUGUGUGAGAGGUAUCACGAUGCACAGGAAGUGACGAGCACCUUCCUCGGCGCAAUGUGGCUGAUCUCCAUCACCUUCCUGUCCAUUGGCUAUGGAGAUAUGGUCCCUCACACAUACUGUGGGAAAGGGGUUUGCCUGUUGACAGGAAUUAUGGGAGCGGGCUGCACAGCCUUGGUGGUAGCUGUUGUUGCGAGGAAAUCAGAACUCACCAGAGCUGAGAAACACGUCCAUAACUUUAUGAUGGAUACGCAACUCUACAAAAAGAUAAAAAACACGGCCGCAAAUGUGCUGAGGGAGACGUGGCUCAUCUACAAAAACACCAAGCUGGUGAAGAAGAUUGACCACGCCAGAGUGCGCCACCAUCAGCGGAAAUUCCUGCAAGCCAUUCACCAACUGCGAAGGGUCAAAAUGGAGCAGAGGAAAUUAACUGACCAGGCCAAUACAGUCGCUGAUCUCGCAAAGACUCAGAACAUGAUGUACGAUCUGGUGUCAGAGCUGCAGCAUCGAAGCGGGGAGCUGGACCGGAGGAUCGUGGCUCUGGAGGAGAAGCUGGACUCCAUCCUCGUCAGCGUACAGUCCCUGCCCGUUGUGCUUUCUCAAGCGAUAACAAAGCUGCAAAAGGAUUUCCUGGAUGACCUGGCUUGCCGUGUGCACUUCCUGUCAUCUUCCCUGAGCUCUGAGUGCUGUUCAGUACCGGCCAGGCAGAUCUGUCCAGGAUCCACCACGCCGGAGACACCGUACAGUUGAUAGGCCUCGCUCACCUGUAUUGUUUUUUUUUUUUUCCUCUAACUUUUUUUUUAACUUGGAAGGAUUAUCUCAGCAUGCACUUUUCCUUUGGCCACACACUGCUGCUACACAUUCAUGCCGUUACACAAAUUCACCCCUGAGAGUUGCAGGCGCACAUUGAUCAGCUCCAGCGAGAGAGGAAGUAGUACUGUCUGGGGACUUUAGAGGAAGGGAAGAUCAUUAUCCCUUCAUUUCCUUUGCCUGGAGUUUCACAGUUGGUCUGAGGACUGGGUUUUCAACCUCAUAAUAGGCAUUAUAGAUUUUCAAUUAAACUGUCAUUGUGUCAAACUGAGCCAGUUAAUUCUAAGGUAUUGAAACAAUCUGAAUCAAAUAAAUGGGAAAACAGAUUUUGUUUUUGUAGAAUUUUUGCUUUCAAACCACCACCAGACUUGUAGGAUUUAAUUCAUAAAAUCUAUUUGUCUUUUAGCUUAAUUUCAUGCAUUUGUGGAACUUUUAAAAUAAAAGUAAUAUUUUUACUAUAACCACUGAUUGUAGAUAAGUAAAGUAAAAAUACAGGAAUUCAAGAGUCAGGAAUGAAUUCAACUGCUGCCUGAGGCAGAAAUGUGAGACUGCAAUAGGAGCGUUGAUUGCUGAAAGUUGACUCUACCUUGAUGAAAAUGAAUUAGACACUACUGCUCGAUGUUGGAAAUUGCACACAGCACCAAUACCGAAUGAGAGAAAUAUGAAAAGCAGGGCAGUGUUAGACCGGGGCAAUAAAACAAGAUUUGAAACAGCUGUGAGUUAUGUAAAAUUAAUUUCUACUUAUUUUUCCUCACCAGAAGAACUUUACACGUUGUCUUUUAAUUGUUUGUAACAUACAAGUAAGUGUACAUUUCAACAACAACAAAAAAGCGUUUUACGCAGAGUUUUAGAUUUCCAUUAUAUUCAGAACAAUGAUGGUCUAAUACCAGCUGCGAUUUCAGUUCUGCUCUUUUAAUUAGAUGUUUAAUUUCAAUUGUUUUACUCACAUUGUUGAUUUUUCUGGCAGA